CAGUAGCUGCCAGGACCUGGCGCGAGGGGGCGGAGCGCACCGAGCCGGGGGAGGGGAGGCAAGAUGGCGGUCGCGGUGGCGCUGAGGUUGAGGUGAGACGCCGCGACCGUCCGGCCCCACCAGAGCCUGCCGCCCGGGCCGCCCCAGCGCCGCGCCGUCGGCGGUUUCCUAGAAACAUGAUUGCUUGCUGGUCUUGAUCUCACAGCUUUGUGAAGACUUCUUCUCUGAUAAUGUCAAGUUCAGGCUACCCUCCUAACCAAGGAGCAUUCAGCACAGAACAGAGUCGUUAUCCUACGCAUUCUGUCCAGUACACCUUCCCUAGCACCCGGCACCAGCAGGAAUUUGCAGUUCCUGAUUAUCGCUCGUCUCACUUGGAAGUCAGUCAGGCAACCCAGCUCCUGCAGCAGCAGCAGCAACAGCAGCAGCAACUUCGGCGCAGGCCUUCCUUGCUUUCCGAAUUUCACCCGGGCUCUGACAGGCCUCAGGAAAGGAGAACUGGAUAUGAACAGCAGUUUCAUCCUGGUCCAUCUCAAACAGAUCAUGAUUCACUGGAAUCUAAGCGACCACGUCUUGAGCAAGUCUCUGAUUCCCAUUUUCAGCGUGUCAGUGCAGCCACUGUCUUGCCUUUAGUACAUCCUCUGCAGGAAGGGUUGAGAUCUGCAGAUAUUAAGAAGGACCCGGCUUUUGGAGGAAAGCAUGAGGGACCAUCUUCUCCAAUUUCUGGUCAGCCUUGUGGGGAGGAUCAAAAUGCUUCACCUUCAAAGCUGUCAAAGGAAGAAUUGAUACAGAGCAUGGACCGCGUAGAUCGUGAAAUUGCAAAAGUUGAACAGCAAAUCCUUAAACUGAAGAAAAAGCAACAACAACUUGAAGAAGAAGCUGCUAAGCCUCCGGAGCCAGAGAGGCCUGUCUCCCCUCCUCCAGUGGAACAGAAACACCGCAGUAUUGUCCAAAUCAUUUACGACGAGAAUCGGAAAAAAGCAGAAGAAGCUCACAAGAUAUUUGAAGGUCUUGGUCCAAAAGUUGAACUGCCACUUUACAACCAACCGUCAGACACAAAAGUCUACCAUGAAAACAUCAAAACAAACCAAGUGAUGAGGAAAAAGCUAAUACUGUUCUUUAAAAGAAGAAAUCAUGCAAGAAAACAACGGGAACAGAAAAUCUGUCAACGUUAUGAUCAGCUGAUGGAGGCAUGGGAGAAGAAAGUUGACAGGAUAGAAAAUAAUCCACGCAGGAAAGCAAAGGAGAGCAAAACAAGAGAAUACUAUGAAAAACAAUUUCCAGAAAUUCGGAAGCAAAGAGAACAGCAAGAACGAUUCCAAAGAGUUGGUCAGAGAGGAGCUGGACUUUCAGCAACUAUUGCUAGAAGUGAACAUGAGAUUUCUGAAAUCAUUGAUGGACUCUCUGAGCAGGAGAAUAAUGAAAAACAAAUGCGUCAGCUUUCUGUCAUUCCUCCCAUGAUGUUUGAUGCAGAACAAAGACGAGUGAAGUUUAUUAAUAUGAAUGGUCUGAUGGAGGAUCCCAUGAAAGUCUAUAAAGACAGACAAUUCAUGAAUGUCUGGACCGACCAUGAGAAAGAGAUUUUUAAGGAAAAGUUUGUCCAACAUCCCAAGAACUUUGGUCUAAUUGCUUCCUACCUGGAACGAAAGAAUGUUCCCGACUGUGUAUUAUAUUAUUAUUUGACCAAGAAAAAUGAAAAUUAUAAGGCCCUUGUGCGAAGAAAUUAUGGUAAACGCAGAGGAAGAAACCAGCAAAUUGCUCGUCCUUCUCAAGAAGAAAAGGUAGAAGAGAAGGUAGAAGAGGAAAAAGCAGACAAAGCAGAGAAAAAAGAGGAGGAAAAGAAAGAUGAGGAAGAAAAGGAUGAGAAGGAGGAAUCUAAAGAGAAUACCAAAGAAAAGGACAAAACUGAAGCUGCACCAGAGGAAACGGAGGAAAGGGAGCAGGCUGCUCCUAGGGGCCGAAAAACUGCCAAUAGCCAAGGUCGUCGUAAGGGCAGAAUCACCAGAUCAAUGACAAAUGAAGCUGCACAAGCAAAUGCUGCUGCAGCUGCAGCCACUGAAGAACCACCUCCACCUCUUCCACCCCCACCAGAACCUUCUUCUUCAGAGCCUGUGGAGACAUCCCGCUGGACAGAAGAAGAAAUGGAAGUUGCUAAGAAAGGUCUAGUGGAACAUGGACGAAACUGGGCAGCAAUUGCCAAAAUGGUUGGGACAAAAAGUGAAGCUCAGUGUAAGAACUUUUACUUCAACUAUAAAAGGAGACACAAUCUGGACAGCCUACUCCAACAGCACAAACAAAAGUCUUCACGAAGGCCCCGUGAGGAGCGAGAUGUAUCACAGUGUGAGAGUGUAGCUUCAACUGUGUCAGCUCAGGAGGAUGAAGAUAUUGAAGCAUCUAAUGAAGAAGAGAAUCCAGAAGACAGUGAAGGUGCUGAAAAUAGUUCUGAUACAGAAAGUGCUCCAUCCCCAACUCCAGCAGAACCUGCUAAACCAAGUGAAGAAACUCCCUCUGAGAGCACUGCUUCAAAAGUAACCCCUGAGGUGACAACAGAGCAAGAACCUACCAUUAAACCUGCAGCCAGCACAUCUCCCUCUUCAACAACCCAAAGUGUAUCAGCAGCUGAAAAUCAGAACCCUGAACCACAGGUUAAGGAAGAAAUAAAUAAUGAGGCAGAAGAGCCUAUGGAAGUUGACAGUAGAAGCCAUCCGGUUGAAGCUAAGCCUGUGAUUACUCUCCCAGUGCAUACCAAAGUAGAACCUGUAGAGACUGAAAUGAGGCUACCAGAGAAUAUUCAAGUGAAAAUAGAGAGUGAUACCAAAGAGAGGGAAAUGGAGAAACCCAAGGAAAAGUCAGAACCAGAGGAAAUGGACUAUAGUCUGUCACAACAGGUUAAUACAGCAAGACAAGAAUCCCAUUCAGAUAAUGAUUCAAGUGCCACCUGUAGUGCUGAUGAGGAAGUUGAUGGAGAACCUGAUAGACAAGGUAUCUUCAGCAGGGAGUCAAAGCCCUCACUAUUAAAUCCCACUGGGUCAAUACUGGUAUCAUCCACGAUAAAGCAAGGGCAGAUGGACCUGCAACAGCUUCACCACCGAGCUGCCGUCAUACCACCUAUGGUUUCUUGCAGUCCCUGUACUGUUCCCGUUGGAACACCAGUGAGUGGUUAUGCGCUGUAUCAACGGCACAUUAAAGCAAUGCAUGAGUCAGCGCUGCUGGAAGAGCAACGCCAGAGGCAGGAGCAGCUGGAUAUGGAGUAUCGAAGUGCUGUAAGCCCUUGUGGUACUUCCAAGAGCCCUAAUGAGUGGGAAGUUCUUCAGCCAGCACCUCACCAAGUAAUAACCAAUAUACCUGAAGGUGUCCGCCUUCCAACAACCAGACCAACCAGACCACCACCACCACUCAUUCCAUCCUCCAAAACAAGUGUGCCAUCAGAAAAGCCUUCUUUCAUCAUGGGAGGCUCAAUCUCACAAGGAACACCUGGCACUUACUUAACAUCCCAUAGUCAAGCUUCCUACACCCAAGAAACUGCAAAGCCAUCAGUGGGUUCUAUAUCUCUUGGGCUGCCAAGGCAGCAGGAGUCAGCCAAAUCUGCUUCCCUGCCCUAUAUCAAACAAGAGGAAUUCUCUCCCAGAAGCCAGAAUUCCCAACCUGAGGGACUCCUGGUCAGGGCACAACAUGAAAGUGUGGUUCGAGGUACAGCAACGAUACAGGAGGGAAGUAUAACACGAGGAACUCCAACCAGUAAAGUAUCUGUUGAGACCAUUCCUUCUUUGAGAGGCUCCAUAACUCAGGGUACACCAGCUCUGUCCCAGGCUGGCAUAGCAGCUGAUGCAUUAUUGAAGGGAACCAUCACUCGGCUAGCUACAGAAGACAACAGCCCAGAAAAGUGCCGAGAGGAAACUUCAGCCAAAGGCCAUGUUAUUUAUGAAGGCAAAAGUGGGCAUAUUUUAUCUUAUGAUGCUAUUAAAAAUGUUCGUGAAGGAACAAGGAGUCCAAGAACAGCUCAUGAAAUUGGUUUAAAGAGAAGCUAUGAUACAAUGGAAGGGAAUAUAAAGCAAGGAAUGUCUAUGCGUGAGUCUCCGGUGUCUGCACCACUGGAAGGUUUAAUAUGCCGUGCACUGCCUCGGGGUAGCCCACAUGCUGAACUAAAAGAGAGAACAGUGUUGUCUGGCUCUAUAAUGCAAGGUACACCAAGAGCAACAGCUGAAAGCUUUGAAGAAGGCUUGAAAUACCCUAAACAGAUUAAGAGAGAGUCACCUCCCAUAAGGACAUUUGAAGGAGCCAUUACUAAGGGGAAACCAUAUGAUGGAGUCACUACUAUAAAAGAAAUGGGUCGUUCCAUCCAUGAAAUCCCAAGACAGGAUUUACUAAGCCAGGAGAGUCGCAAGACUCCCGAAAUGGUGCAAACGACCAGGCCAAUCAUAGAAGGCUCCAUAUCUCAGGGCACACCCAUAAAAUACGAAAGCAACUCUGGCCAGUCUGCCAUCAAACAUAAUGUAAAAUCUUUAAUCACUGGACCAAGCAAGCUUCCCCGUGGAAUGCCUCAGCUGGAAAUGGUGCCAGAAAACGUGAAGGUGGUGGAGCGAGGAAAAUAUGAAGAUGUGAAGACCGGGGAUGCAGUACGUUCCCGUCACACGUCAGUAGUGAGCUCUGGUCCCUCUGUUCUCAGGUCAACUCUUCAUGAAACUCCCAAAUCACAGCUGAGCCCUGGGAUUUAUGAUGAUACCAAUGCUCGGAGGACACCUGUGAACUAUCAGAGUCCAAUGUCCAGGAGUUCACCUAUGCUGAAUAGAGUUAGUGAGGGUGGAAUAUCUUCUGGGAAGCCAGCAAAUCACGAAAGAAAAAACACACUUACUCCGACACAGAGGGAGAGCGUGCCAGCAAAAUCUCCAGUCCCUGGGGUUGAUCCUGUAGUGACUCACAGUCCUUUUGACCCUCAUCAUAGAGGAGCAACUCCUGAAGUCUAUAGGAGUCACCUCCCUCCUCAUUUAGAUCCUGCUAUGCCAUUUCACAGGGCUCUGGAUCCUGCUGCUGCUGCUUACCUGUUCCAAAGGCAGCUGUCACCCACCCCAGGCUACCCAAGUCAGUAUCAGCUUUACGCGAUGGAGAACACACGACAGACAAUCCUAAAUGACUACAUUACCUCACAGCAGAUGCAAGUCAAUUUACGUCCUGAUGUAACGAGAGGAUUAUCUCCCAGAGAGCAAACUUUAGCUCUCCCGUAUGCAGGAGCAAGAGGAAUUAUUGACUUGAACAAUAUGGCUCCCACUAUCUUAGUGCCUCAUCCUGGAGGAACAAGCACACCACCCAUGGAGAGAAUCACAUAUAUCCCUGGUACCCAACUUACGUUCCCUCCUAGGCCUUACAAUCCUGCUUCUCUGUCACCAGGACACCCUACACACCUGGCAGCUUCUGCAGCUGCAAAUGCUGAAAGGGAACGGGAAAGGGAGAGGGAGAAGGAACGGGAAAGGGAGCGGGAACGGGAGCGGGAAAGAGAACGAGAACGGGAGAGGGAGAGAAUCUCUUCAGUCCCUGCUGAACUUUAUCUUCGACCAGGUGCAGAGCAGCCUGGCAGACCUGGCAGUCAUGGAUAUGUUCGGUCCCCAUCCCCUUCAGUUAGAAGCCAGGAAAACAUCCUGCAGCAAAGGCCUAGUAUUUUUCAAGGAACCAAUGGGACAAGUGUAAUCACACCUUUGGAUCCUGCUGCUCAGCUACGUAUCAUGCAGCUCACCCCUGGAGCUCCCUCUAUUACUCAAGGGUUGCCAGCUUCCCGUUACAAUACUGCUGCUGAUGCCCUUGCAGCACUCGUAGAUGCUGCAGCCUCUGCUCCUCAGAUGGAAGUUGCCAAAGCAAAAGAGAACAAGCAUGAAGGCACCAGGAUAGAAGAGAAUAUGGGACGCCGGUCAGCUGUGGUUACUGAACAGCAGCAGAUGGAACAGAAGACACUGGAGGUAGAAAAGAGGCCUGUCCAGUGCCCCUAUACAUCUGCAAACUUUUCUGGUGGCAAGUCCCAGGGACAGUCUUCAGUAGUCUAUUCAGAGGCUGGUAAAGAGAAAGGACCUCCUCCUAAAUCCAGGUACGAGGAAGAGCUGAGAACUCGAGGAAAGACCACAAUUACUGCUGCUAACUUCAUAGAUGUGAUCAUCACUCGACAGAUUGCUUCAGACAAGGAUGCACGAGAUAGGGGCUCUCAAAGUUCAGAUUCUUCCAGUAGUUUAUCCUCCCAUCGGUAUGAAGCUCCUGGAGAUGCCAUUGAGGUGAUUAGCCCUGCAAAUUCACCUGUACCUACUCAAGAAAAGCUACAGCCCUAUCAACCAGAGACACCUAAACAAAGCCAGGCAGAAAAUGACCCAAACAGGCAAUAUGAGGGGACGAUUCACCGCUAUAGGACACAACAGGAACCCCCUUCACCCCAACAACCUCCACCUCCCUCUUCCCAAGCAGAAGGGAUGGCACAUGUGCCCAGGACCCAUCGGCUUAUCACCCUUGCUGAUCACAUCUGUCAAAUUAUUACACAAGACUUUGCUAGAAACCAAGCAGCUUCUCAGGCCUCUUUGCAGCCUCCCACCACUACAUUCCAGAAUUCCACCCCUGUUCCAACACCUGUUGCUACCCGGGCAAAGACAUCGAAUCGCUACAGCCCUGAGUCCCAGUCACAGUCUGUCCACCAUCAGCGGCCAGGAGCUAGAGUGUCACCUGAAAAUCUGUCUGACAAGUCCAGGGGAAGACCUGGAAAAUCCCCAGAGAGGAGUCAUGUCUCUUCAGAGCCCUAUGAGCCAAUCUCGCCACCUCAGGUCCCAGUUGUACAUGAGAAACAGGAAAAUGUUCUUUUGCUUUCCCAAAGAACGGAGCCUACUGAACAGAGGACUGACUCUCGCUCUCCAGGCAGUAUAAGCUACCUGCCUUCGUUUUUCACCAAACUUGAGAACACUUCACCAAUGGUAAAAUCCAAGAAACAGGAGAUAUUUCGAAAGCUGAACUCAUCUGGUGGAGGUGACUCUGACAUGGCAACUGCUCAGCCAGGGACUGAAAUAUUUAAUUUGCCAGCAGUCACUACCUCAGGUGCAGUCAGUUCUAGGGGUCAUUCCUUUGCAGAUCCUGCCAGUAAUCUGGGUCUGGAAGACAUUAUUAGGAAAGCAUUGAUGGGAAACUUUGAUGACAAGAGCGAAGAGCAUGGAGUUGUAAUGACACAAUCUAUUGCGGUAGUACCCGGCAGUUCCAGUGCUGCAGUAUCAGCAAGUAAUGAGACUCGUAGGGAGGAAGCUAACCCAUCACCAAAUUCAGGAGGGGGCAAGCAGAAGCUCAUCAGCAAGUCGAAUAAUAGGAAGUCAAAAUCUCCAAUUCCUGGACAGGGGUAUUUGGGAACUGAAAGACCUUCUUCUGUCUCAUCUGUACAUUCAGAAGGGGACUACCACAGGCAGACUCCAGUGUGGGCCUGGGAAGAUAGGCCUUCAUCAACAGGUUCAACACAGUUUCCCUACAACCCGUUGACGAUGAGGAUGCUCAGCAGUACACCGCCAACAUCCAUUGCGUGUGCCCCACCGUCCAUGAGCCAAGCAACCACUCACCAACAGAACAGGAUAUGGGAGCGAGAGCCUGCACCACUGCUUUCAGCACAAUAUGAAACUCUGUCUGACAGUGAUGACUGAACUAUGCAGAUUCUUUUUGUUUUUUAUUUGCGGGUCAAAACAAGAAAUCUAUUUUUGACUUGUGCCCAUAGAGACUUUCCAAGAGAGCAAGGGCCACACAAUGAAGAAUUGGAGAGUCCGUUAAAUGCCUUCUGCACAGGCCAUGUGUUGGAGGAUUGCUAACAAGAAGGUUGACUUACUAAAGAUAAAUAUGUAAAGAGUUUUUAAAAAAUGUGGACUAUUCCUGUUCUACAUCUAUUUGUAAAGAAAACCUUAAUGUCUUUAAAUCAUUCUUCUGUAAAUAGAGAGUACUUUUUGCAGUGUUUUUUCCCUUGCUAUAGUAUCUGGUGUACUUAUGUUCAAAUCAUUGCCUAAACUUUGGGGGUCAUUUUGUAAUUUUUUUGUUUUUUAAGCAUUUUCUCCAGUGUAGAGUACUCUUCAUAACCCUAGCCUCCCUUCCAGCCUAGCCUAACCCUAACCUAGCCUCCCAACCAGCCUAGCAUCAUUGCCCAGUUAAUGCCAGGCCACUUCUUGCAGGCAUUGUGCUUUUAUAUCAUGUUUUUUUUUCCCUAGACACACUUUCUCAGUGGUGAUCAAGCUCUUGUGAAAAUGUUGAUUUUUAAGACUGACCCCUUACUGAAUUCUGUACAUUACCAUAGGCCGGUUCGCUGGAAUAAGAUGAUAUAUUUCUUUGAAUUUUAAAUUCUGCCACAUUGUAAAUUUUUUGGUGCAGUUGGUUUUAUUUAGCAACACUGCAGAACUAUUAUUGCAUGGGUAUGUUAUGGUUCAUUUUUAAAAGGAUAUAAAAAAAACAAAGAACAGCUUCUGGAGGCAUACCUCACUUCUGCACACUGGGAAUUUUAACGGUGCCCCAAAAGCCUAUCUUAAGUGUUUUCUGUUUCUGCAUUGUAUGCAGUCAAUACAGGCUACUAAAUUUUACUGUCAUAUUUAACCACAGCAAAUGGCUUAUCUGAAUAGAGGCUCUGGGUGGGUUGAUAAAUCCUUUAAGAAGAAAAACCUCUACAUCCCAAGUUUAAAUAAAACAAAAUGCUUUUAUAGAAUAAGUGAACAACACAUGAGUCAACUACUUGGCUUCUGUUACAACCGGUUUGAAAUAGGUACUGUGAUUUUUACCUUCCUCCAGGCUGAUUUUAAAAUCUUUAUGUAAUAAUUAUUUUAAAGUCUGCAUCCCCCUCCCUGGCCCUGUAAGCAAGCUUUUGGUUGAAGUCCUUACGGAUGCUUGGCUUAACUCCUAAAGUGUGCAAUACUUGUUAGGGUGAUUUUUAAAUUGUAUAUGGUACUAGGAGAGUCUCCUUAAUCACUCAUCUAUCAAUGCCUGCUAUGAUAUGCUUGUAGCUCAUGUAUACAUGCAUCUGGUUAGUGAUACCACAGGGUGUCCUGACAUCCAUCUUCAAAAGCAUCUUAUUUUUUGCUGCACUGACCUCAGGAAGUGAAUUUGAAUCUUCCAGGGUAGAAGGACUGAUUUACAGAUAGCACUGAGCUGGGGGGUGGCACCAUUUGUCAGAUUCCAAACUGCUUUUGCAUCUCAUCCAUGAACAGAGUCUUUGCCUUGAAGUUAUUUUCCACUCAGAUUAUGUUUAAUUUAACCCUGUAUUUGCAACACAUUGUCUGGAAGGUGAAUGCAGCUGUGGAAGUUUUACAUCUUCCAGAAGGACUGUAAGGUGCAGUUACAAACAGCAAGUACAGAACUACUUAUGAAUACAAAUUCACUUUGAGUGCUUGGGAAGAAAGCCUUUUUACCAAGUGUGGGAGGGAUCCAAAGCAACUCAUUUGGAAACUUGACACUGUGUUGCAAAUACAGAAUUAUUUUGCUACUUUAAAGGCUGUAUCAGAGUAGGUCAGUUGGCAGUCUUAAGUCUCCUUCCAGUCUUUUCUCUAAGAAAGACUUUUCUCACCUUCCCAUCCUUCUGGCAAGUGAAGUCUUCAUCUUGUUUGUAGACCUGUGCUCUUAUUUUAACUUUUCUGUUCCCACAGCAACAGAUACUGGAACACAAGUUGCUCUGCCCUUUUUGUAGAUCUAAAUUUGGAAUGGAGAGUUCAGUUCCAUUCUAAACCUCACUCAUUGUCACUUUCCUAGUGUAACAAAUACAAUGUGAAAGAGGCAUGUACAGACAAAUGUCUUUGCUAACUGUAAGUAUAGCAUGUUCAUUGCAAAGCUUCAUGUUAUUGCUGCUGCAGCAGCAAGAUUCCCAAAGUAGGAUAGUCACUUUCUCCUAAGAUACAGCUUGAGUGGCAUUUGCACAUAAAAUGUUGCUGCUUUUUUGUUUGUUAUCCAAGUUCUAACUUCUCCAGUGUAAAAACCUCUCCAGAGCCUAAGUUAGGGUUUACCACAAUUCCAGUAAUCUUCAAGUAUGGAAUUACAUCUGCCCUGUUUCAAACAGGAAGGUGUUUGUAAGUCAUGUUUACAAAGUGUAGUUUACUACAAAUUUUUAACUGAUUUCUGAUCAGCGCUUUCACAAUGCUUCAUCUUGGUAUGUUUCGUGAUUCUGAUAUGAAAUCAUUUAAGACUUGAAAAACCCAUGCAUCAUAAAACAACUUUAUUUUUUUCCACACAAUGUCUUCAGUAGACAGUGACUUCUGGAUUCAGACCAAUCAAUAAAGGGGAUCAGUUCUCCA